AUGUCCACCGAGGCUGACAUCGCUGCCUAUGUGGCCGAACUCAAUGCGUCCGCAGCCUAUACCCGUAGUCGCUGGAACGAGGGCGAGUCUCGUUUCUGGUUUUGGUCUCCCCCAAAAGACUUGGACAAACCCCGACUUCCGUAUAUUCCUGGCUUUGCUGUGCAGAUCCGCCGUCAUCUGCCACCGCCGCCUUUUGGCGGCCGUGACUACGGCAUGGGAACGAGAGAAGUUCUGUCUCAAAGCUACCUCCUUGGAGCGACGCAGAGUGAGAUGGUCAUCGACCAUCCCAGCGCUGACACUCCUCCGCCAGCCCAGUCCGAGACAGCUCAUCUUACCGUCGUGGCACCCAUUGCCAUCGGCGGCGUUCGAGGAGCGCAGCUCGUUGCCUGCGAGAUAUCCCCUUGGAGUCAUGGCGACAAGCCGCUGUAUGCCGUUGCCAAGAUAUUCGAUCCAAUGUAUUACAACUGUGACUAUUACAACAGCCGCGAGCCUCACGAUACGGUGUGGCAAGCAGAUUCAGACUACAGCCGGGAAGCCGCUGCUUACGAACACCUCCAAAAGAACUUGACAGAUUCUGCCCCCAAGUAUUUUGGCAGCUGGACCUUUGAUCUUCCCAUCACAAGCAGGGGAGUCCCCAGGUCCAGGCCCGUCCGCAUGAUUCUGAUCGAGCGACUCGACGGGGUGACUAUGCGCAGCAUGCGGGUCCGAAAUGAUCCGGAGGAGCCCGACGACGCUUUUCAUUAUCCAGAGGAGUACCGGCUCGAGGUACUGGCUAUCGCCAUGGACCAAUACGCUCGAAUGGAACAUUCAGGACUCGAUCACAUUGACUUCGCAGACCGGAAUGUAAUGCUUGUCACCAGUACCAAACCAUCUGCACAGGUUCCGAUCAUAUCUGGCCUACCACUACCGCGUGUAGUGCUUGUGGAUUACCAUGCGUCUGUUGUACACGACCUUGCUGCUAAGGACAGACGUCCACAACGCCGCACAGCUCUUCCAAUCAAUCCGAUGCAGCGGUGGCGGGACAUGCCUAUGAAUGAGUUCAUUGGCUGGGUGCCUGCUGAGUGGCACAGCACACCAAGAUUGAAGAGCCAGUGGCUCGAAAAGAGGUUUGGUGGGCCGGAGCAAAGAAAGCUCUAUACGAUGGACGAGGCCACAACUAAGGCUACGACGACUUCAAGGCCCCAAAGCAGGGGAAGUGGGACGGAUAAUGGCCAACAAGUGCCCAAUGACCCUCCAAUCCUCCCGAGAUGUAUCCCAUGGAAUCCUGUGUCCGAAGAAAUGAAGGCACUGAAAGCCGAAUUGAAGGCAAAGCGGGAGAAAGAAACACCGGGAGCGCAGAAGGCACUGCCUGUUCGGAACGGCAAUCAUAAGUAA